AACCCUAUUUGGUUAACUUACACCAUGAACCCCUGCAAAGCGCCCAGCGUUCGGCACGUGCCGUCGUGGUGACUUCGCGAAUCAAUCAACUCAGGCUGUUCACGUCUCACCACGUCCACACGCCCUUCGUGCGACAACCCAGCAACCGCCGGCAUAUUCUGAUGCUUGAGGGCAAAGCAACUGCCACUCCAGAACCCCAGCCCGGGUCAAUCACACCACCAUCCAGCUGCAGGCUUACGCCAACUCGCUGCUCCACAAUGAACCAUGGAGUCGUUCAUCAAAAGAAAGCGGAAGGCUACCCCUGCGGAUGACCAGACGAACAGCCCCCUUGGCCAACCGGAAGUAGCAGACGACGAGCCCACAGAGGUGAAGCUUGCUAUUCUCUCAUCUCUCCACCACAAUUUCUCGCAGGAGGCUCUCCUCGACAUUCUGCUCGAGCAUGAUGGCUCUGUCGCUGCAGCCUCUGAGUCACUCUCUCUGCCAGGCAACAGCACAUCUUCCAUCGCGUCGUCAUCAGCAUCGAAUAGAGCUACGAGUUCAGUAGUAUCACAGACAUCUCUGAGGAACUUCGCCGCGCCUCGCACUUCAGAUGGAGCCCCAGCGCCCAAGAAGACGAGGCUCUUGUCCCGGAAAGGCGCCACACUGCAUCUCUUUGAUCCUGAUGAUAUAGCAGAGCACACGCCUUGUUCUAUAAUCCACAAUUUUCUCCCUACAGACCUCGCCCAUGGUCUCCUGGUAGAAAUGCUUGAAGAGUCCAAGACCUUUGAGAAAAUAACAUUCAAGCUUUUCGACAAUGUCGUCUCAAGCCCACAUACUUCCUCGUUCUAUGUUGACAGUCAUGACGAGAUGCGCAAACAAAAGAUAGAGUAUCUCUACAACGGCGCGCGUCUCACCGACGUACGCAAGAUCACGCCGUACCUAGACAAAGUCAAGCCCCUAGUCCAGCAGGCCGUCAACUCGGAAAUCCAGAAAAGGAUCACGACCCGCUGCCCGGGGGCCGUCAAGCUCAAGCACCAGUCCCCACGCCCCUGGACCCCAAACGCAGCAUUCGUAAACUGCUACAACGGCCCCGGCGAGUCGGUAGGCUGGCACUCGGACCAGCUGACCUACCUGGGGCCCCGCGCCGUGAUCGGGUCGCUCUCGCUCGGGGUGGCGCGGGAGUUCCGCGUGCGGCGGGUCGUCCCCCAAGGGGAUGAAGGAGACGACAAGAGCAACAGCGCCAAGGCAGUCGACGCAGGCGACGCAGGGGGCCAGGUCGCGAUCCACCUCCCGCACAACUCGCUGCUGGUGAUGCACGCCGAGAUGCAGGAGGAGUGGAAGCACAGCAUCGCGCCGGCGCAGGCCAUCGACCCGCACCCCGUCGCGGGCAACAGGCGCAUCAACGUCACGUACCGCGACUACAAGGCCAGCCUGCACCCCAGCCUGACGCCCAGGUGCAGGUGCGGGGUGCCGACCGUGUUGCGCGUGGUGCAGAAGAGGAGGGAGAACUGGGGCAGGUACUUCUGGAUGUGCCACGCCGGGAACGUGCCGGGCAAGGACGGGUGCACGUUCUUCCAGUGGGCUGAGUUUGACGAUGAUGGGGAUCCUGUGUGGCGCGGUAGGGGGGCUGCUGGCCCUGGAGGUCCGACUGAGCAGGCGGCCAGCUAAAGUUCUUAGCCCUGCUGCGGAUGUUUCCAGAUGCUCAUGAAUUGCGUUCACUCUCAGUGUGUCCAGUGUGCGGAGAUGCUACCGUCGACGUACCGUCCAUAUAAGUCUCAUCCAUUUAUCAGUAAACGAG